AUGAUCCGUCGCAACUCCGACAUAGAGAUACAGCUCCCGGAUGCUGGGCCGACACCUCUUUCUCCCGAAUCGGCAAGCGAAUUCGACGUGGAGAUGCUCUCUGAGGAGCCGACACCUCCUUUGACUCUCCCUCCACACAUCGCAGCCCGGUUCUAUCGCAAAAGUAGCAAAGCACGCCGCUCCUCCGCCGCCUCAUCCCGACGAAGCUCGGUAUCUUCUCUCCACUCCCAUCAAUCUAACGCGGCGUCGAAUAGUUCGCCAAGCGCGGACCAUAUUGCCCAACACCUCCGCCGCACAUCCAUUCUCGAGAGCCGAAAGGCACGACUAGCUGAUCGUGCAUUGCAUGCGGAGAAAGUCAGGCUGCGAGCCGCUCUGGCUAAAGCAGCAACAAGAAAUUUACAAAUUGAAGAGAGAGCUUUAGCUGCCCAGCAGGCUCGCGAGCGCCUGCUCGCCGAUAUCACUGCCAAGUGCGAGGAUCAGGUUAAACGGGCGAAGAAGAAGGCCGAGGAUCAACGGGAGAAGAAAGCUGCCGAAGAAGCUCGGUUGCGUCUGGAAAUGACAGAGAAGUUUGCGGAGGUAGAGAAACGGCGCGCACUGUACCAGAAAACCCACCGACGACAGCGCACCAGCAGCUUGCCAGCUACAGAGGAAAAGAAGAUGUCUCGAGAGGUCACCAAAUCGCUUACACAGGAUGCAGCUGCGCGGAAGAUCCAGCGCGUAUGGAAAACCCAUCAUGCAAAGAUGAUCAUGCAACAGUUCCAAUCGUUGGGCUUGUCUGUGAUCCGAGUUCGCGACAUGAGCUUUGAGGAAGUAGGCGCUCUCCUCUCUAACAGCGACCUACUAGAUACUAUGACCCAAGUCCUCCGGCUCUGCGGCCUGCAAGAUAUGGAAGGUGGGGUCAUGGGCUCGCGGGGUGCAGUACGCACAUUCCUCAGCAGCUAUCUCAUCGUAACUCACCCCAAAGAGGUUUUGAGCUGCGAUGGAGAUCAAGAGCAAGAUUUGAUCACCAAGGCUCGAGAGCUGCUAGAAGCCUUUGACCAGGUCACUGCACUGCUAUCGUCGGGUUGCUGUUCUCCCUCUGUGAUCACUGCGGAUCUCCAGACCCUGUGUGAAUCACACAAUGUGUUUUUCUCCGCUUUCCAUGCAUGGAAGUCUCACGACUCUUCCGUUUUGAUUGAGAUUAUGGUUGCACAGUUUGUUGAGUUGGAACUGAUAUGGCAGACGGUCAAAAACGAUAAAGCUGGUGGUGCUGCAGAAGAUUACAGACAGGGCAUCCGACAGAACCAAGUUCUGUUGCUUGCUCGUUUGAAGAGACUUGCAGGUCCUGACCGCCACAUGGAGAUGAUCCGAGAUUCAUUGAAAACGGCCAAACAGGAGAAGAAGCGGGCUGCCUCAAAGCAAGCCAUUCCUCGAUCUGCGGGAGCCGCUCCUCCAACUACAGAUGUGCUAACGGAGAGUGUGGCAACGCCUCUUAGCGAGUCUUUCAACAAUAUAGAUGCUACAGUGUUCCAGGAAUUGGAUAAGCAGCGGACGUCCCCGCACGAGAGAUUCACUAAGAUCCUCACCCCUCUCCCUGAAAAUCGGGAGCUGGUGCAUGAGCUUCUCAUCAACAAAGAAUUCAAGAUCGAGGAAGCACCCUACACUGAACCGCGCAGACAUAUCAUGAAGCAGAUGUGCGAGGCAAUGAGAAAAGGACUUGAAUCUGGAGAUGGUGUUAAUUGGACUGUGGCUAUGGCCACUGUGAUUCAAGAUCGCUUGCUACGCUCACUCCAACAGGGCAAUUCCCUUUACGUGAUAAUUAGUGAAGUCUUGGACCCUAGGCUUGUCCAAAGUCAAUGCGAAGCUGGCACAUUCUCCUAUGAUAAUUUCUUCGAGUUCAUGAACAACAUCUUACCGCGACUCUGCGCUCCUUACCGAGACCCUAUGGUCAAGGUAUAUAUUGAGGAUACCUCGGGCGAUGCCAUCGACCGGCUGGCUCGUUUGAUGAGCAUCAUUGACCUGCUAUCACUUGAUCAAACGAAUUUCAUGAUCCAGCUGGCUGCGCCCCAGCUCAUUGAAGAAGCCCCGGGAUACGAGAAGCGGGCGUUUGAGCGAGGCGUCACAGAUGGGACAAUCGGUCUGGGCAAGACGCGGCGGUUUUGGCGUAUUCAUCGCAAGAUAAUUGUUGAUGAAAUGAAGAGACGAGAUCCGGAGGGCAUCCAGGGAGAACCACAUCCACCAUCAGCACGAAUCUACGCCCAGGGUCUUACCGACACUAUUCUAAGCAAUGCCAUUGUGUCCGAGGAUCUAGUACCCGAGACCCUGAGUCUCGACCACCAGCGGCUUCAACGGCUCCACGCUAGGGCGUUCCAAAUCGUAGCAACAGCUUCCAUUCUCUUGACGGCGAAGAACCUGCUCAAACGGGACGCACGUUCUCAAUGGAAACCCGAAGCUGACCGGAUCCUGUCUUUGAAUUUCAACGAGAUCGGUGCAGAGCGAGUACAGUCGAUUCUAGAGUCCACACAUCCGAUGCCAGCUGCUGCAAGCGCCCAGCUUGCAGCUACGAUCAAACGAGUCCUUGGACCCGUCGCCACGGCAUGUCUCGCAGUCACGCCUCAGCUUGUGGUAACUUCAGAGAGCUCCGCCUCCGAAAAGUGCUUCUCGGCGACAGACUCGUACGGAAGCAUGACCUCCGUAGCCAGCUUCUCGGACCCGGUGGCUAAGCUCAUGCUCUCCCGGCUCCGGAAUCAUGUCCUAUCACGCCUCAGCGCGUCUAGUGCGUCUGAAAGGGUACGAGCUACCACCACAGCUAGUCAGAACCUGGCUGGAGCGGGUAUGCCGGAAUUUGUUAAUGAAGUUGGAAAACUAGUAGAAGAACUAGAGAAAGUCCGGGAGGUGGAUUGGCUUUGCCACGGGCAAUUCUACGAAGGUUUAUAUGAAGAAGGCGUUCCAACACAGUGA